CUCUGGAUUUUCCGUGGUUUUCAUCAUGAAUAUCAUUUGCCCCAUUUGUACAGAAUGUGUACUGCCAAAUGAAGACUUGUGCGCUAAUUCCUGCGGCCACAUUUUCCAUUAUCCCUGCAUUCGACAGUGGAUUGAGAGAUCCCAAACGUGUCCCCAGUGUCGGAAGCAGUGCACAGAGAAGUACCUGAACCGAAUCUUCUUCACUGUCGCUGCCGGUGAAUGCACAGAACAGGACGUUGCGAACCUGGAGAGGAAACUCGAGAUCUUGAAUCAGAAUUAUCAAGAGCAAUCGAAGAAGUUUGAUAAUCUCCAGGAAGAGGCAAAGAAGCUGAGGAGUGAUAAUAAGAAAUCAGCAAAAACCAUUAUAGCAUUGGCGGACAAAGCUAGGAGCAAAGAAUUCGCCCUGAGGAACUUCCAGACUGAAAUGAAGAAGAUCAAAGAUGAAUUGCUGGAGCACCAGGGGAUAAAGAAAGAGCUGGAUGCUUUAAAGAACCGAGUGGAUCUGGUUUCAAGCAUUGAGGUUCUGCUGGAUUCCAAUCAUUCUAACGUCCAGCAAUUACUGGCAAAACGCCCAAGCAUGGAUACUCUCGCUUACAUGGUGUCCAAUCUCAAGCGAGACUUGAUCAAAGUUGUGAGCUCCAGGAACGAUCUCAAAACUACCCUCAUACAGACCAAAAACAUUCUAAAAGAAGAGAAACAGCGCCGAGAGCAACUGCAAGAUCAAUUGAGUGUGGUUGAGAGUGAAAAGUACGAGCUUGAGCGUCAGAUCCGGAAGAGACAGAGAGAGAAUGACGAGGAUGAGAUUCCUGAGAAGCGGAAACCCAAUGCUAAUUCUUCCAAUUCUUCUGUCUCGUCUCUUGAGAUUGAUAACAGCGAUUCGCCUUAUCUGCGUGUUCAGUCUAGUGCUGUAGGAUUGACGCCCAUCCUCAAGAAGCCAUCGCAGUUCAAUGCAACUGAUCUGCCACCGGAUCUCAAGAAGCUCUCGAUCUUCCAACAAUUCCGCCCUCAAGUGCAAAGCAAAAACAAUAUCCCAAGUGGCACUUACGUGUCCGAUGGGAUGGGUGGCUUGGAGAAAAAGGAAAACUUCCCAGGUUUCCCAUUGCGUAGCAAAUUAGAUCUCAAUUCCUCAUCAGUGAAAAAGCGCCUCAAGAGUGGCGCUCUGAAGAAGCCCUCGAAGUAAGAUAUGGCGAUUGUGAAUAAAUUUUUCUUGAAUUUUCUCA